AUGGGCCUUGGCCAAGACCGCCACUCGAAGCGCUCUCGUGAGGAAGCAGAGAUGUCAACGAGGGCAACGAGUUCAACUUGGUGGACCUGCCAGUGCCGGGUGACUCACAACUACUUCGUGAAAUGCGCUGGCAGGCAUUUCAUGUACAGGGGCGAUGAUGUGGCCUUCUACCAGGAACAUGGCAGCGAGCUGGAGGCGGCAGGCUGCGAUGCAGCCGAAGUCUUGGCUGAUCUUCGAAGACAGCGUGAGGAACGGAUCGCUGCCCCAGAUCGCACCCUGGAGCGUGUGGACAAGAUCGCUCAAGGCUACAUUCGCCUCCACCCAGAGGUGUACAUUCUGGAUGCAGCUUCCUUUCUAGAUCCGGGGUUUCUCAAGGUAGUACAGGAUUUGCGCACAUCAGGGCCAGCGGCGGCCAACAUUGCAGGCUUGAAGUCAGCAGGUCUUCUUCAGGAGUUGCGGCCGGGCAUUUGGACUUUUCCGGUGUUUACCCGUGCCUUUUGUGACGCCUUGGAAUCCGAGCUUAGCCAUUUUCGCGCUUCAGGCCUUCCGCGCUCCGCACCAAACACAAUGAAUCGCCAUGGCAUCAUCAUGUCAGAGCUGGGGUUUGAAGAGUUGCUAGACCCACUUGUCUUCGAGUAUGUGAAUGUCCUUGCCAGUCGUCUUCUACCUGCCUUUACCGAGUUUUUAGACUCCUAUCGCGGCUUCACGGUGCUUUACGAAGCUGUGCAGGAUGGUGAUAAAGGUUUGGACAUGCAUUAUGACAACUCCGAGGUCACCCUUAACGUGAAUGUUGGUGGCACUUGGGAGGGAGGACAUGUCGAGUACUAUGGCUUGGCCACCUCCAGGGAGGAUAGCCCUCCUUUCGAAGUGGCUUUGCGGAAGGGCCAUGGAGUGUUCCAUGCUGGCCUUGAGCUGCACAAGGCUCUCCCGAUAAUAUCGGGCACACGGCACAACCUCAUCCUGUGGUGCAGGUCCAGCGGAAUCAGGAACGAUAUGUGCCCAAUGUGCUUCCGGCAGCCUCAAGUCAUUCCGACGAACCGACACCAUCACGAGGGCUUCACAGUACCGCCCUGCGAAGAGGCGAGGCUGGCUAAUGACCCGAUGCCCCUGGCCCGUUCUGUGUCUGAGGCAGAAGGCAUUGGGUGGCAACUGUCGUACGACUCUGCUGGUGGCUGCGUCGCCAUUCUCGAUGAGACGUUGUCGUCCCUUCGAUUUGCCACGCGGGCCAAAAAUGUUCGAAACGUUGCGAAGGUGAACUACACGUACUCACCGGAGCAACUGCUCGUCCUUGUUGGGAAGCUUCACAAGCAACUGCUAGGUGCAAACCAGCACAUUGUCCAGUUGGGCGGCUCGCCACAGGAGGCUCCGACGGAUGAGGCAGAGAAGUGUGCCACUCUUUGCGCUACCAGCAGCACAAGAUCGCUGAGGAGGCCGUCCUUCUCCGGAAAAGGCCCUUCCAUUUCAGAGGAGGCAUUUUCGGCGCAAGCCAGUGCGAGCAGCUUGAGGCCGGUGAGCACUGGAGUCGACCUGUCGGAGCCAGAGCUCGCCCAGGCUGUACACGAUGUUCAGAAAGAGGACGACGAUGACGAUGACGUGGAGGCCAUGAGCUUGCAUCUUUACGAUGAGGUCUUCCGGCCGUUCGCGCUGUCAGCACAGAAAGCCAUUAGCUCGUUGGAGGAAGCGCUCUUGGCACAGGAGAAGUCGCUGGCAGAGGUCAGGCUCCUACAUGCCCAGCGCGAGGACAACGGCCACGACAGGUUCUGA